AUGUUCGCCCGUUCAGCAUUCGCCACUGCUACGCGUAGCUCCUUCUGCUCUUUCGUCCCUGCUGCCUCUCGACAGAGCACCCGUAGGUUUGCAUCCGAGGCUGGGAAACCACAGAAGGGGACCCAAUUCUUGCAACCAAGGAACUUUGUUUAUGUAGCUGGUGGUGCCGUUGCCGCUGCCUUUGGAUUGUAUUGGAUUAAGGGACAGCCGAGUUUCUUGAUCGAACCGGUUAAGCCGGCUAUCCCGACCUUGACCGGGGAGGAUUGGGUUGAUUUGAAGUUGAUCAAAGUUGAGCCUUAUAAUCACAAUACUAAGAAGUUCAUCUUCGAACUGCCAUCGGAAGACCAUACCAGCGGUCUCAAGACUGCCUCUGCCAUCUUGACAAAAUUCACUCCUGAGGGCGGAAAACCAGUCAUCCGUCCCUACACCCCCAUCUCCGACGAUGAUGCUAGAGGCUACAUGACCCUCCUCGUCAAACAGUACGAGAAGGGUCCCAUGUCCACCCACCUGCACGAGAUGGCUCCCGAACAACGUCUGUUGUUCAAGGGACCUAUUCCAAAGUAUCCAUGGGAAGCCAACAAGCACAACCACAUCGCUUUGAUCGCCGGUGGUACCGGUAUCACCCCCAUGUGGCAGCUUAUCCGUGCCAUCUUCAAGAAUAAGGAGGAUAAGACCAAGAUCACAUUGGUGUUUGGAAAUAUUGCCGAGGAGGAUAUUUUGUUGAGGCAGGAGUUGGCGAAGUUGGAGAAUGAGUAUCCGCAGAGGUUUAGGGCGUUUUAUACGCUGGAUAAGCCACCGAAGGAAUUCGUUGGAAAUAAGGGAUUCAUCACUAAGGAACUGCUCAAGCAGGUUCUUCCAGAACCUAAAGAGGAUAACAUCAAGGUCUUCGUUUGCGGACCUCCCGGCUUGAUGAAUGUUAUCAGUGGUAAUAAGAAGAGUCCUAAGGAUCAGGGAGAGCUGGUUGGUAUUCUGAAGGAGUUGGGAUACACCCCCGAGCAGGUUUAUAAGUUUUAG